AUGGAUGAAUGGAGCCAGCCAUGGGAACUGUUAAACACAAAAACAUGUGAUAGUGACUUGAGAGGUCCAUGCAAAGGACGGUGCAAGGGAAGGGGAAGGGGCCCUGCCUCCCCGGGGAAGUGGAAAACGCUUGCUGGAGGAACAGUUGAGUGGAUCCAGUGUAAGGAGACGAGAGUUGAACAGGGCUUGCGGGUGAGCAGAAAUGAGCAAGGCACAUCCUCAACUGCUAUCACAACUUUGGUAAAGGAAUGGAAGAAUCAUUUAAAAUCUUGGAUUUUUCCUUCUAUUCCGUAUUACGUUCCUGCUGGGAGACCACAGUCCCUGGUUGGUGACAGAGAGAAAAUACUUCAUUUUCAUGUUCUCAUUCUCUUAUCCCUAGAUGCCUGUGACCCUCCGCAGUACAACUCUAUGAGGCCAACUGUUGUUAAAUCCAGUUAUAAUCCUGGGGAAAAUGUACAAUUUCAGUGUCGCCCAGGAUACAAGCGUAUUAUACCUCUUCUUCCCGUAUCUUCUGUUUGUUACCCUAAUAACACAUGGACACCUCUCCAGGAGGCUUGUACAAAAAGAUCAUGUCAACAUCCAGGAGAUCCCAUAAAUGGCCAUAUGGUCAGCAUAAAUGGAAAUUUUCUCUUUGGAUCACAGGUUCACUAUGCUUGUAAUGAGGGUUAUCGAUUGCUUGGGUCAAAAGUUAUUUAUUGUGAACUUUCUAGUAUCGACGAUAAUACAAUGACUUGGAGUGAUAAUCCCCCUCUAUGUAGUAGGAUAUUGUGUCUACCACCCCCAAAAAUAACAAAUGGGAAAUAUACCAAUAGUGGCAAGGAAGAAUAUGAAUAUAAUGAAGUGGUAACUUAUAGUUGUGAUCAAUCAAGUGGAUCAGAUGCAUAUUCACUUAUUGGAGAGAGCAGACUUGUUUGUACCGGAAAUGGUGAAUGGAGUGGUAACCCUCCGCAGUGUAAAGGUAAUACUUCCAUUUUCUUCCUUCUUCAUUUGUAAAUAUUUUGGAAACACUUGGUAGAUACCUACUUACAAGUAAACAAAACAGCCCCAUGUGCUUGUUCCUCCUGUUAAAUUGGUUUCUAAUUCAAUUUAAUACAGGUAAAAUUGACUCAAAAAUAG